ACAAUAGAGGCAAAAGCAAGUACUAUCUCUUUAGUAAAAAAAUUAUACAAACAUUUAAAAAUAUAAAUAUAAUUAGUAUUGGAAUUUGUAACAAUUAAGUUCCCUCGCCCUUUUAAUUCAUGGCUUCGGAUAUUGACAAUGAUGUUCCUGAUUGUGGGGCUGCUUUCACAUUUGGACGAAGUCGUUUUUCUGAUAAUGUAGCUGGCAAAUUUUGGAUUAAAGAUGAUCCAAUAUUGCAAAUUUCUUGUGGAGAUGAACAUACUGCAAUACUAACAGCAUCUGGUCGUUUAUUCACUUUUGGUAGCAAUGAAUGGGGCCAAUUGGGACAUGGACAUACUAAGACGUUGGAAAAACCUUCAUUUGUCAAAGCUUUAAAAGGAGAAAGGGCUACUGUAAUAGCAUGUGGCCGCUCACAUACUUUGGUUGCUACAGCUGGUGGUCAUAUUUAUGCAUUUGGCUCAAACAGUGAAGGCCAACUAGGAUCUGCUGAUGAAGAGCCUAUUCAUUCAUCUCCUGUCAGAGUUCAAGGUCUUGAAGGCAUUACUAUUAAAAUGCUGAGUGGAGGUGCUGAUCAUUCAAUGGCUCUUACUGAUAAAGGUGUUGUUUAUGUCUGGGGAAGUGGAGCAGAAGGUCAAAUAGGUCCUGAAUCUGGCCACAUUCUUAUUCCUACUGAGCUCAAUUUAGACUGUAAUAUUAUUUGCAUGUCUGCUGGAUAUUAUCAUUCUGCAUUUGUUACAGUUGAUGGUAAAUUAUACACUUGUGGGGAAGGAGAGUCUGGUAAGUUAGGACUACCUGACCAUGCUCUUAAGAAGUCUCCUCUCAGUGUUCAUUGUGUUUCUGGGUUUGACCGAAAGAUUGUUUGGGUUUCUUGCGGUGGUAAUCAUACUAUUGCUUUAACAUCUGAUGGUAAAGCAUAUAGUUUUGGUAAUGGAUAUGAUGGACAGUUAGGUUUAGGUUCAAGACUCUUAGAUGUAGCUACACCUCAUCAAAUUGUGUUCUUAGAAAGUUCUAAAAUUGCAAGAGUCAGUUGCGGAGAAAACCAUUCUGCUUUCUUAACAGAUAGAGGACAACUAUAUAUUUGUGGAAAUGGUAGGCAUGGGAAGUUAGGACUUUUUGGAGUUGAUGAUUGUUCAAAUCAAUUUGUUCCAACAUUAGUAUCUCGGUUUAAUGGCUUUCAAGUUCAACAGGUAGCCUGUGGUGGUUGUCACACUUUGGUUUUAGCAGUUAAGCAAGUUGCAGCUUCUUCUCCUUCACAACAAUAUACUGUUCCUAUUGAAACUGAAGUAACCUCUGCCAGAGAAAGGAGAAGGUUGAAAAGUGCCAAAUUACCCCCAAUUUCGUCUCAUAGCAACAAGAAUGAAACAUUUUCGCCAACACUGAAAGCUGAAUACCGUCAAAGACUGCCCAGUUUAUCUAAAGGGGCUGUUUGGUAUGUGGCUUUGAAAAGUAAUUCUUGUGAGGAAAAUGUAUCGGAUGAAGAAGAUGAAGUUCUGACAAAGCUAGAGAGGCGGCCAGAAUCCAUUUUAUGUGAAGUUGAGAAUGAUGAAAGCAUUAGACAUGUAGAUAGUGACGUUGAUUCAGAUGAAUCUGAAGUGCCUGAGUUGAAUAGAACCCACACAUUGAUAAGAAUUGAUAAUACAAUUCUAAUCCGUCCUACUGUGCCAGAUAAUAAUAAUGUUCCAAAUAAAAUUUCUGAUGAGUGUGAAGAAGUUCCAAAAAAAGAAACUAUGAAUUCUAGUUUUAUAACUUACAUUGAUGACAUUGCUGUACAACCCCAUUCAGAAAAAGAAAAUAUUCCAGAUUCAACAAAUGUUGUACCUUUAACGAAAGUACCGUCUUCUGAACACUUACAGGUGAAGAGUCACUUUUAUGAUAAUGAAAGUAAAUCAACAAGUUUAGAAGGCCUUAAAGAAGAAAAGUCUUCCAAAACUUGUGUAAUUAUUUGAACUUUUAAAGCCAUAAAGAGUGAGAAAGCAGCUAUAUUUUAGAGUGAUGUAGAGUAAUGUUUUAUUAUCUGUGCUAUAUGUUAGAUUGUAAAUAGUUUUAUAUGUUUGUUGAUUACUAUUUUAUUAUUAAAACAAGAAUAAUUUUUAUAUUGUACAGACGGCUUUGAUUAAGAUGACAGGCUAGAUCUGACUGAAGCCUAUUCUUGCAUGAUUAAACUUUGACAAAGAAAUUAUUUAAAUCCUGCUUUCCCUUGUAUAUAUAGGAAUGAGUUACUCUUAACGUUAAAAAAAGCUCUUGAUUGAUCUCAGCAUCUUUUAUCUGUAUUAUUCAAUAUUUCCCAUUUAUUAUUUAUUCUAUACAUAAUGAAAUGUUUUAAAAAUCACAAAAAAAAAAUUAUAAAACCUGUGUAGCUAAGAAAUUUUUAUAGCAAAUUUUUAAUGAGUUGCUAUUUUUUGUGAAAAGUUUCUCUAUCUUUAUAUUGUUAAAAUGAGUGAGAUAGAAAGUGAUUUUCUGUGUUCAAAUUGUUAUUUUUUGGUACAAAUACAUAAAACAUACUCUUUGUAUCAUGCUACCUAAUUUUAUCGAUAUUUGAUACAUGUAUUAAUUCUAAAUAUAUUUGAUACACAUAUAAUUCCUUGUAUACACAUUCUCAACUCAUUCAUAAGUUUUUAUUUUCCUAAUUCAAGUGAGAGGUCUUUUCUAUACUUAUAUAUAAUGCAAAUGAUUUGAUAUCACAUUCAAUUUGAAAGAUAUCAGAUUAUUUGGAAUACCAUAAAAAUAAUAAUAAAAAUUUUUUUGGGGGCUUCAGGAGUACUGUUAAUUAUUAGCACCUUGUUUAUUACUUAAUUUUAGUUUAAAACAUUUUGAGAUUAAUGCUUUAGCACUUUGUGGUCAGAUGUGUAUUCAUUAAAAAUCCUAGUUUCAAUGUGUUUUUUAUCGCUUCUAGGAAAAAUUCAAUAUUACCUUAAAUAAAUAUAUAUAGGAUAUGCUGUAAACAAUUUUGAGGUUAUACAUUGAGGAAUUCAUUAUUAUCUCUCUUUUACUUAGUUUGCGACAAUCAUAAUGUGCCUUGUAGUGUUAGGUUCAGAGAAUUAUUUUGAUUUUUAUUCCAUGCCUUGUGAAAAUUUUCUAUUUGAAUUUUAAAUUUAUUCGGAGAAAAUUAUUAAUUUUAAUAAUUUACUGAUCAUUAUUUGAAUCUAGAAAUGUAGUUUUUAGGCAAUGUGCAUGAAGAUAUUUUUUAUUGCUAUAGAAAAAUUUUAUUUAUAUAUAUAUAUUCUAAUUUUCUGUGAAUGUAUAAAUAUUACGCUUAUUUCCCAAACUAUUUUUUACUACACUUAUCCAAUCCUUAAAUAAUUUCAUUCUUUGGAAGUUAAUAUUUUGAAGAAUUCAUGAAACAUAUAUGUAGGGCCAAUAUUUAAUACUUUCCCUAUUAUUAAUUUUAGGACUUAGCUAAAACAUUUAAAAUAGAAACAACAGAAUUACAUAAUAAUUUUAAUUAUUUUCUGUGUGAAUUUUUAUAAUAGGUUAUUGCAUCAAGAAAAUCUAUAUAGCAUGCAUAUAUAAAUUUAGGCAAAAUCAGAAUUUAUACAAAUAUGAUAAAUUUAUACUGAUGAUUAUACAAAGUAUUUAGCAUUAUUAAAAUAUAAUACUUAUCAAGUAAUCCUCUUUCAUUUGCAAAUAUGAAACCUUUGUUCUUGGAUAUUUAUACUUUUAAUGCCUUAAAAAUUGAUUAUAAACGAGUUUUUACUGAGUCAAUAUGACAUCGCACCAACAAAUAUUACAAUUAAGGAUUAUUUUCAAGGACAUUUUCAUUUGAUGUUUUAUAACACUAUUUAUUCUUAUAUUUUUUAACUACUUAGUAUAUUUCUCAGUCUAAAUUAAUGAGUUAAGUUUGAAGAGUGUCUAUUAAAACUGUAUGUAGAAUGAUGCAUAGUGAUGUUCUGUAUAUCCUUUUUAAACUACUAAAAUGAGUGAAAAAUAGUUCUAAAAUUUUUUUGGAACUGCAUUAUUUUAACAUUUUAAUAAGUGUGCAGUUUUUUAUAUUCAUUAACAUGCCAUGUUUGUAUAUAUAUGUUUUUUUAAAGAGUAGUAAACAUUCCUUAAUUUAUAAUUAAGGAAUUUUAUUUGUCAAUCAUUUAAACAGCACUAAAGUGUGCUAAAUGUUUUUUUCUGUCCUUUUAACUUUAAUUAGUAUUUUGAUAUCAAUAAAGUGUUGCCUUUUGUAAA